AUGGCACCAAAGAUCCAACAGACCAAGGCCGCCAAGGCCGCAGCUGCGUUAGCCGGUGGUAAAAAAGGAAAGAAGAAGUGGAACAAGGGUAAAGUUAAGGACAAGGCACAGCAUGUUGUUAUAUUAGACCAAGAGAAAUACGAUAGGAUUUUGAAGGAUGUUCCUACAUACAAGUAUGUUUCUGUGUCGGUAUUAGUGGACAGGUUAAAGAUUGGAGGAUCUCUUGCGAGGGUAGCAUUGAAGCAAUUAGAGGAGGAUGGUAUUAUUACACCCGUCUUGAAGCACUCUAAACAGGCGAUAUACACUCGCUCUUAA